AUGUGGCGCGACCGCAUCUCCGGCCAGUCGACUCCCUCCGGAGUGAAUCGCGCCCCGUCUCUUCCCCGACGAUCCUCCUCUCAGCUUUCCCGGGGUCCCUACAACAAUAAUCGCCCCGGAGUGCCUUCCAAAUCCUCGUCAACAUCUCUGUCGUUGACUCCAAGUGAUUCAUCCACGUCUCUUCCUGGCACGGCUCGUGCAUCCAAUGGAUUGGGAUUAAGGCAGGCCAGCGGCCAGCGGCAACGCCCGGCCGUCGUCCCGGAUCCACUGGAGGUCCUGAAAGGAAUCAUUGGAAAGGAGAAGUUGGACAAAGAGAGCUCACAAUUAUCCACGGGGCCGGAGUCAAGGCCAACAGAGCUGGUUGAGGCAAUCAGUUUCGACGGACUCAGCUUGCAAGAGUUUGUCGCCAAAGAGGACGACCGACUACCUCGAAAGACCACAAGCAAUGGAGUCAAUGCCCAAACGAUCCGACAAUUCGAGCAAGAACGCGAUAAAUUUCAAGAUCUUCAUACUGCGAUUGCCGGCUGUGAUGAUGUAUCGAAGUCCGUCGAGCUUUACCUGAAUGACUUCCAGACCGAACUGGGUGUCGUGUCGGCGGAGAUCGAGACGUUGCAAACUCGAUCCACCCAACUGACCGCGAUGUUAGAGAAUAGACGGAAUGUGGAACGAUUAUUGGGGCCAGCGGUCGAGGAAAUCAGCAUUUCCCCGAAAGCCGUGCGUACCAUCAUUGAGGGUCCCAUGGAUGACAACUGGGUACGCGCCUUAAACGAAAUUGAUGCGCGAACCACUAGCAUUGAAACCAAGGCAUCCUCCUCGAACGGGUUCAAAGCAAUCGAGGAUGUGCGGCCCCUCUUGAUCAAUGCAAUCGAACGGAUCCGUGAUUACCUCGUGUCUCAAAUCCGAGCAAUGCGCUCGCCCAACAUCAAUUCGCAGAUUAUUCAACAGCAACGACUGGUCAAAUUUAAGGACCUGUAUAGUUACCUCUCAAAGAUCCACCCCACUCUCGCUGGCGAGAUUUCCCAGGCCUAUAUCAACACUAUGCGCUGGUACUACACCUCCAACUUUACCCGCUACCUACAAGCUCUUGAAAAGAUCAAGGUAUACCCAAGUGACCGAAACGAAGUUCUUGGAGGCGAUCCCUCUGCGCACCGAACUGGAAAUAUUCUCCCUGGCGGCCGAGCCGGCUCUGCUGCUCAUGAUCCGUUCUCUCUGGGCCGGCGGAUUGAUAUUCUCCGAAAUGGACUUCAACCAGCACUGUCAUCUUACUUGGCGGAAGAGGAUCACUCGUACCAUGGUAUUGAAGUGCCAUUCCGGAAUUUCAAUGUCGCUUUGGUGGACAACGUGUCUGCUGAGUACUCGUUCCUCACCGAAUUCUUUUCUCCGUUGACCUUCCACCAAAUCUCACGGAUGGCCGCCACCGUAUUCGAGCCAGUAUUUGCCCUUGGUCAAACCUUGACAAAGAAGCUUAUCGACCAUACGACAGAUUCUUUAGGUGUUCUAAUGUGUGUUCGGCUGAAUCAACACUCCGCCUUUGAACUGCAGCGGCGAAAGGUCCCCGUCGCAGAUUCAUAUGUCAAUGGGAUCAACAUGCAUCUGUGGCCCCGCUUCCAGGUUAUCAUGGACCUCCACGGAGAGUCUCUCAAACGUGUUGGCUCAAACACUGGUCGCAGUGCGGUCUCUGCCCUCUCCAUUGCGGGUGGAGACGACUUGAAGCAAUCAUCGGCGCCCCAUUUCCUCACACAGCGAUUUGGACAGCUCUUACAUGGCAUUUUGGUGCUCAGCAGUGAUGCUGGGGAUGAUGAGCCCGUCUCCAACAGUUUGGCACGGCUGAGGGCUGAAUUCGACACUCUCCUGGCGAAGCUGAGUCGCAAUGGAACGGACGCCAAACGUAGAGAACGAUUUCUGUUUAACAAUUAUUCAUUGAUCUUAACCAUCAUUAGUGAUACCCAAGGAAAAUUAGCAGUCGAGCAGAGACAGAAUUGCUCGAAGAACACCGGCUCUUCGCCGCUGCUUUUCGAGUUCACGAGCCUGCCGCGCAGACUUUACCCAUGCAGUGAGUUUGAACAUCCCCGCGGCAUGCGGUAUGGCUCCGCUGCUGGAGCUUGCCGCGAAAUCACCGAGAGCUCUCAACUAAACCGAAACCAGGUCAUUGGUGCUGGUGUCGUUGGCCUAUCGGUCGCGAGACAACUAGCAGCACGAGAGGGCACUUCAACCAUUCUUCUCGAGCGACAUGAUGCUCCUGGCACCGAGACAAGUAGCCGCAACUCGGAGGUCAUCCAUGCAGGGCUUUACUACCCGACCGACUCGCUUAAAACAAGACUCUGCAUUCGUGGCCGCAAUAUGCUCUACGACCUGUGCUCCAAGCACGCCAUCCCACACCGAAACACCAAAAAAUGGAUCGUCGCACAGACUCCCGCGCAGUGGGAAGCCAGUCUGCAGGUCCACGCCCACGCCCAAGCCCUAGGUGACGCACCGACUCGGCUCAUCGGCACUGCAGAAGCGGCCCGUCGCGAGCCCGCCGUCAAAGCCGAUGCCGGUAUCGUCGAGAGCGAGACCACCGGCAUCGUAGACAGCCACUCACUUAUGACCUACCUCCAGGGCGACUUUGAAGACCGCGGCGGCGACAUCGCUUUUAAGACGAGAGUCACAGGCGUGGAGCCCGUGCCAGGCGGCGGAUACAGGAUCACCGCCAUCUCGGACGAGGAUGGAUCCGAGACGUCCAUAACGGUCGAGAACUUGAUAAACAGCGCCGGGCACGGCGCCUGCGCAAUAAACAAUCUGAUUCUACCACCAGAGCGACACCGCUUCCCGCAUUACGCCAAGGGCACAUACUUCUCGUACGGCGCAUCCAGCCCGCGGACGUCGGUGCUCGUUUACCCGGCGACGUUGCCGGGCCAUGGAGGCCUGGGCACGCAUCUCACCCUUGACAUGGGCGGGCGCAUCCGCUUCGGCCCAGAUGUGGAGUGGGUGGAUGACCCGAACGAUCUCCAGCCGAGCAGCGCCCGCCUGGAGCAGGCCAUCCCGGAGAUCCUGUCUUAUAUGCCAGGCGUGGACCCGUCUGCUAUCACACUUGACUACUGCGGUAUCCGGCCGAAGCUUGGCCGUGGGGGUGCGGUAAAUAUCGGCAAGGGAUUCCAGGAUUUCGUGAUCCAGGAAGAAGAGGGAUUUCCCGGGUUUGUGAAUCUGUUGGGCAUUGAAAGUCCUGGCCUGACGAGUUGCUUGGCUAUUGGGGAGAUGGUGGAUGGAAUACUCUAUCGGUAA